UAGGGUUCAGAUGUUGAUUUUGUUUGUUGAUUGGGCACAACAAUUUAACUUUGACAAGUUUUGAACCCGAGAAGAAAUCAUCCAUAUUCCAUUACCACCAUGAAAAUCAUCAACUACGAUAGAGAAAUUGUCAGCCCAAACUUGUUCACACCAGAAGAAGUGUUGCUGGAAAUUUUCCAAUAUCUUCCAUUAGAAUCCGUAUACAAGUUCACCUGUGUCUCCAAGGUAUGGUUUUCUCUUCUAUCUACAACACUCAAAACUCUGUGUGCAAGCUAUUAUGCAUUUUAUGGGGAUCUUGCAGUUGCAUCAUCUGAUCUUCUCUCGUCCAAAUUUGUGUAUGAUGAUGGCUUCUCUUUCAAAUUCAUUCACUCAAAACUUCACAAAUUAACCAGAAAAUUAUGUCUAGGUUCUAGUAAUGGCUUAAUUCUGGUUGCAACAGAUAAAUGUAAUUACUAUGUUGUUAAUCCACUCACAAAAAGAAUUUCGGGUAUGAUUCCUAAUCGUAAAGAAAAACACGAAAGGAUCAAACCGUGUUUCUUACAUGGUUUCAUCUGUCAAUCAAACUGUUCCUCCACCACCACCAUCCAGUACUGGUAGUAGUGGUAGUUUCAUGGUUGUGCGCAUUCAAGGCUUUGAUAACAGGUGCAGGUACUAUUUGGGUAGUUCAAGUCUGCCAACCAAAUUUGAAAUUCAGGUAUUCUCUUCUGAAUUGGGUAAAUGGAAUGUGCAUGAAGUCUCAAGCCCUCCUGGACUCACUUGGGGAAAAUUUGAUGUGGGAUCCUCACAAUGGCGUCUGUGAUUAUGAUAGAGUGUGCACUGGAAGUAUUUUGAUUACGAAUGAAAGAGUCUUGUAUUGGUUUGAAGGAGAACGUCAAAGUAGAAUCAUAGUUUAUGAUCUUAAGCAACGUCAGCGUGAGCUAAUGAAAUUGCCCGACGGGAGAGAUGAAGAAGAUUUUGAUUAUCAGUGUCUUGGAGAGUCAGGAGAAAACAUAUGUUAUAGCCAAUUUCAGCGAAAAGCGAUGACAUUGUGUAUUUGGAUUAACAACCAAUCAUCCCAUACAUCAGUGUGGGAAUUGGUUCACAAGAUUGAGCUAAAGAAGAAUAUGUCGGCAUUUGAUAAUGAUGUAUGGUUCAAGAAGGGUUACUUACAUUCUAGCACCGAGGUAUGCCCAUUAGCUUUCCAUCCUGUCGAUAGACAGGUUAUAUUACUGGCAUAUAUUAACACAUACAUAUUGGCCUUAAACGUCCAGACGAACAGAUUUAAUGUGCUCAAGAGACUAACUACAGAAGUGAUAGAUGCCUACGGUUGGCUGAGAAGUGAGUUACCACUUGUGUUAACACCAAGACCGACAACAAUUCCACGACCGUCUUCUAUGAGAAAAACCAAGUCUAGAUCUUAGUUCUUACGCGUUUCUGUAUUUUAAUACAAUUCUGCCGCAAGAGCAAAUUAAAUAUAUUCUUGUUAUUAACGAGAUUAGUAAUUUCUUUUAUGGAUCCCAACAUUUUUUUUUUGUAAACUUCUACAGCUUUAGUAAUCAACAUUAUGAUGCAAUUGUUCUUGAGAACAAUGUGUAGUUUGCCUUGUUUUACUAUUACUAGUUUGCAGGCAUCCAUCAUCAAUUUGGGCACUCGGUUUCCAGUCAGACACUACUACCUAAAGCUGAUUCAGAUGAGCCCAGUCCUUUUCAACUUCUUGACUUCAGCAGUAAUAAAAAAUACACUGGUUUGGUGGCUUUCUUCUCCUCCUAUUGGUUUGAGCAUGCUGUGUCCCAAGUCAUCCCUUUGUCGAAGUAAAUGUUGUUGAUGCUCAUCCGUCCUUGUCAUAACUACAAGAAGAAUUCUCACAAGGUGCUCUUUUGUCUUUAUAUUUUUGUUGGGUGUGUAAAUAUCGAAGUGAACCAGUUUCACAUCAAACUACUGCAGAAUUUUUAGUUGCAAGAAAUAACAAACUUUUCGUUCAUAAAAUGGUUUUUUCUUCUAGUGCAGUACAUCAAGUGAUGAUUAAUGCCUCUGCUAAUAAGCCUUCUGUGUCCCCAAAUUCCGGAACUAUUAAGAUUUCCUUAGAUUCUACUGUAAAGCCAUUCUUGAAAACAUUGCAAAAACUUCAAAUGAAAGUCGAUUUUUCGCAAGCAAUGAAGAACACCCGGGAGAGACUAUUAGACGCAAUUGUGGAUAAUGGAUUUCAGUUUAUUGAUCAGCCAUUGCUUCCAUCACAGGCCAAUUUUGCACCAAUUCAAGAGAUUGGUGAUGCCGUAUAUAUUGCAAGUAUUGAAGGCAAUAUCCCAGACAACUUUCCACAUGGUAUUUACAUAAGAAACGGCCCCAAUCCUCUAUUUGGAGGAUUUAAAUCGGCAACCUCAAUGUUUGGCCGAUCAAGUCAUUGUUGGAUUGAAGGAGAAGGAAUGGUUCAUGCUUUAUACUUAACUAAAGAUAGCCAUGGAAGUUGGAUUGUUUCUUACAGGAAUAAAUAUGUUGAAACAGAGUCAUUCAAAUUAGAAAAACAAAGAAAUAGACCUAGUUUUCUUCCUGCCAUUGAAGGAGAUUCUACAGCUAUUUCAGCAGCUUAUUUUUUUAAUCUGUUGAGAUUUGGAAAAUUCAACAAAGUCAUCAGCAACACAAAUGUUUUUAAGCACGCAAAGAAGUUCUAUUCGAUUGCGGAGAAUUAUGUGCCACAAGAGAUAGACAUAAAUACUUUGAAAACAUUAGGAAACUGGGAUAUAGAUGGUUCUUGGGAUCGUCCUUUUACUAGUCAUCCAAAGAAAGCUCCUGGAACGGGAGAGCUAGUCGUAAUGGGAGUCGACGCUGUGGAGCCUUUCUUUGUUUUGGGAGUCAUCUCAGCUGACGGGAAGAAAUUAGUUCAUAAAGUUGAUCUCAAAUUCAAAAGAAGUAGUCUUUGCCAUGAGCUGGGGGUAACAGCAAAGUACAAUGUGAUCAUGGAUAUGCCCCUUACUUUAAACAUUAACAGACUCAUUAAAGGCGGUCCAUUAAUAAAGUAUGAUAAAGAAGGCUAUGCAAGGAUAGGAGUGAUGCCAAGAUACGGCGACGCUGAUUCAGUUCAGUGGUUUCAGAUAAAACCACAUUGCACAUUUCACAUUAUCAAUUGCUUCGAGGACGGGAAUGAGGUUGUUGUGAGAGGAUGUAGAGCCAGUGCAUCAAUUAUUCCAGGACCUGAGUUCGGACUGAAUAAAUUCGAAUGGUUUUCGAGAGGAUUUAAUCCUAACACUACAAGCGAAGAUGCGUCAUUUUUAUCUCGAGUGUAUGAAUGGAGAUUAAACAUGAAAAACGGAGAAGUUAGAGAGCAGUACCUUACUGAUACUUCUUUUUCCAUGGAUUUCCCGAUGAUUAAUGAAAACUACUCUGGUGUUAGAAACAAAUAUGGGUAUUUACAGGUUGUUGAUUUAAUAGAAAGCUCCAAUUGUGGGAUGGCUAAAUACGGAAUGGUAGCUAAGCUACAUUUCGAUGAACAAGCAACUAGCACAAUACAGAUGCAGGACCAUUCAGAUGUUGAUGAUUCUGAUACCGAGAAGCCAAUAAAAGUCAAGUAUCACAAUUUUGGGAAGAACGCGUUCUGUUCGGGAGCUGUUUUUGUGUCAAAUCCUGAACAUGGCUCAGAUGAAGAUGAUGGUUGGCUUAUUUCCUAUGUUCAUAAUGAAGAUACUGAUAUAUCUCAAGUACAUAUUAUUGAUACCAAGAAGUUUGAAAGUGAAGCUGUUGCCAAAAUUACGUUGCCGCAAAGAGUUCCGUAUGGUUUUCAUGGAACAUUUGCUUCUCUAUGAUUUUUGUUGUACCUCUUUGUACCAUAUAUCAUUUGGUUGUACCUGUUUUUCUACUUUUAUUAAUAGAAAGACGUCAAAUUUUACGGUGAUGGUUUUUGUAUAUAGGGCAAGGCUCAAUAAUAAAGCCUAUCCCAAUUUGAAGACAUUGCUUUUGCUAGAAAAAAGGAACAAAAAAAACAACAAAA